AUGCCGCUGUUAGAAAAAUUGAAGGAAAGGCGGGCAAAAUUGACCAAUGAGAUAGCAAAUAGACUCAUGAACAGCGUAGCUUGCCCGGCCUUGCUGUAUUUUCACUGCAAAUAUUCCAAGAUGGAUGACUCGAUUGUACAAGAAGGGCAGAGUGGUACGAGUCAGGUGAACGAAAACGCUCAAAUUCUUACGGACAAGAACGAUUUGGAAUCGAAAAUUAAAGAUCUAUUCGGCGAGGAAGUUUUAAAUGCUUUCAAACGUGAACAAGUUGUCAAUGAGAUGGCUAUUUCAGACCUCUUGGAAAGGAAAGCGGAUGCCACAAUCUUUCAAAGACUUUCCUUGUGUUACGGUAAAGCGGUCAUUUUCAAGAAGGAGUUUAGUUUUCUCAAAAGACAAAAGGCAUCUUUUGGCGCCAAAACGUCCCCUUCUCCUCCGCCAAAACCGACUAUGGCCGACUUACAACAGCUGAAUCCAGAAAUGAAGCACUUAUAUCUUACAAAACGUAAAAAAAUAGGGGUAUUAGCAGCAAACAAAUGGACUGAAUUUCCAAAGUUUAACUCGCCUGAGGCCAAAGCUGAACUAGAUGCAUUUGCCGAAAACAUAGAGAAAGAAUGUGGCAUAAAAGAGAUCAAUUUUGGAAAGGAAGGAAUAAAGAAGCACAUACAGAGUUUUUGCAAUGAACAACGUAGAUACAACAAAAAACGAAAACGUCCAUCUUAUGAUGAUGAUUAUAAGAUUCCAAGUUCCCAGGCCAUAAAAAAAGAGAUGCAAAGCAACCAUAGCUCAUCAGAUCUAGAGGAAAGCUCAGUAGAUCUAGACAGAGAGGGGGAACAGGAUGAACAUUUAGAACAGGAUGGAAGUAGUGCUGGAGACACAGAGAUUUUGAGUGAUGAUGAGAUGGAAGGAAGCCAGUGCCCUAUAAGCCCCAAAAUUCCAAAACCCAGCACUAGCACUUCAAGCCCAGAAGAUGCGAAAGCAGGUGAUCAAGUUGAAGCUCUACCAUUAAAAAUAAAGAGGGCAGUGAUUAAAUCAGUGUUUGGUAAACAACUCACCAGAGAGGUGUGUGUUGAUGUACUUAAAAAUAAAUUCUUUUUGAAAAGCAAUGCCUUCACAUCUCUCUCACCUAGUCAGGCAAUAGCAGUACUUAUUAGAAAACUUGUAAGUCAAAAAUACGUAGAAUUUACAGGGUUCCCACAGUCAGGGAAAAGUCAGUGAAAUUCGAUUUUUUUUCAAGGUCAGGGAAUUGUCAGGGAAUUAUGAUUUAAGUCAGGGAAAUUUGAUAAUUCUCAAAAAGUCAGGGAAAAGUCAGGGAAUAAUUCUUAUUUUUCAAAAAUCAUUAUUAUGAAUUGUGUUGGCGAUAAUCAAGCAACCUCACUGUUAAUUAAAAGUUUCAAAAAUCGCAA